AUGAAAUAUUUAUUUUCUGUGGUAAUUGCUAUGCUAUUAAUAUCUUUUAAUUUCCAUACACUUUCUGGAUUAAAAGCUUCAUGUGCCAGCAACAAAUUAGAAAGAAAAGGAAGAUGUCGGAUAGCUCUUAGAGAAAAUGAAAAUAUUAGAAAUACUGUCAUUUGGCCAAACUUGAAUGAAAGGGAUAAAAGUGCCAUUGAAAGUAUUUUAGCCAGAGGUAAUGGUAAUCAUGCUAAAGAAAUUUCUGACUACCUUACAAAUAUGGUAAAUCCUGAUGAUAUUCGUAGAUCACUCAGAUAA